CCUAAAAUUCCAUGAGAAUAUAAAAGAGAAAGUAUCCUCCAAAGAUAUACUCUGCCUCCCUAACCUCCUUUGAGGGCUUGAGCUGCAGUUUGAUCAUCAAAUCACACCUCCGAGAUUCCAUACAACGAUGUCGAGAAUCGCGAUCCUUCCUCUUCUCCUCGUCGUCUUCUCAACGAUUGUUCGAGCCACCACCGAAGUCCAAUACUGUGAGGAGAAUGCAGAGUAUGAAGUAAAAGUGAAAGAGGUUAAUAUAUCUCCUAACCCUAUAGCUCGAGGCGAGCCUGCUACCUUUACCAUCUCUGCCACCACAGGGCGUGGGAUAUCGGGUGGGAAGUUGGUGAUUGAAGUUACAUACUUUGGAUGGCACAUUCACUCUGAGACUCAUGACCUUUGCUCUGAGACAACCUGUCCUGUUGAAACCGGAGACUUCUUGGUUGCUCACUCUCAAGUUCUUCCUGGUUACACUCCUCCUGGUUCAUACUCGCUGCAAAUGAAGAUGCUUGAUGCGCAAAAGAAGGAGCUAACUUGCAUUAAGUUCUCCAUUGACAUUGGAUCCGUACCAUCUGUGGCCGACAUUUAGAGCAAAAAUUUCACUGGCGAAUCAAUUUCUCUACCCUGUGUAUAAAAUAGUUUCUUAGAUUUGGUUUUAGCUUCAUCAGUUAUGUUACUAGACCUGGAUUUCAUUAUUCUUCAUCAUAGAUAUAUAAAUACAUGCUUAGGUGAUUAUUUUGCCUUCAA